AUGGAUAUAAGCCCGCACAUACAUUGCGACUAUCCUGUGUAUAGAGUCGCUGACGAGUUGCAGGUUCCAAGGCAUAUCCAGAAGCAGAGAGAAGAGGCUGCUGCUGGUGGCAGCCCGCAAACUCCCAAUGGCAUUUCCAGUUAUUACGAGAGGCCGGUGAUGGCCGAGAUGGAUGAAGAUGUUUGGUCGCAAUCAGAAGCGACGCCCGUCGUACAACAUUUCCCAGCCAGCAAAGGUGGUCUGCCUGCGGGUGAUUGGCAAGCUCUAAACCCUAGCACGACAUUCGAUCCACCUGUCAACCACAUGAUGAUCGACCCAUUACUCCUUGGUUCUAACGCUGCAUACCCAACAAUGCAUGCCGAGAUGCCUCGCGAAGAGCUCAUGUAUGCCAUGAAUGGUACGUACGAUGGACGGGCCCGGAGUACUUCGCACAACUCCCAGUCUGUGUACAUGUCUCGUUUAUCUCGCAUGCAUCUCAUCCCCGGCCCCAACGGAACACCGGUUUCGAUUCCCCCUGAGUACGCCAACAUGGCGUAUCCAAUGCAGUACCAACAAGCUGCAAGGCAAUCGUCGCCUCGUAGCUAUGGUUCCGUCGACACAGGAUCGCCGCAGUCAGGAGUCAGCGCGAACUCUUCGCAAAACGGCGCUGCCAUGGCCGCCUGCAGAUACCCAGUCUUGGGACCGCUGCUCCCCCACCUAGGACCAAUACUGAAUGUCACCACCGCAUGUGACCUGCUCGAAUUUUACUUCCAAAGUUCUUCAUCAGUAUUCAUGGAACCAGUUUCGCCGUACAUUCUCGGGUCCGUCUUUAGGAAGCGAAGUUUCCUCCGGCAACACAAACCGAGAAAAUGCAGUCCCGCUCUGCUCUCGAGCAUGCUCUGGGUCGCCGCCCAGACGAGUGAAGCGAGUUACCUCACUUCUUCGCCGUCAGCAAGAGCAAUCAUUAGCCAGAAAUUGUGGAAGUUGACUGUGGAUUUACUCAAGCCUCUCGUUCAUUCUCCAUCCUCGCACGGAUUCGCACCAGGACCCGGACUGACAUCUGCCGCACACGACGCUUUCGGAGUUGAUCGAGCAAUAGGACGCUACGAUGGAAGACCCGACGGAGCAAUGCCGCCUACCAGUACUUUAGAUGAUGUUGCCACAUACAUCAACCUUGGAGUAGUCACAUCCGCAAGCGAAUACAAGGCGGCUUCCCUGCGGUGGUGGAACGCGGCGUGGUCGUUGGCUCGAGAGCUCAAACUAGGCCGAGAACUGCCACAAGGACCUGUUAAGGAACGGGAGACGACUGCAACAGAUGGGGAAAUUGAGGUGGGCAUGUCGGAUGGCUCCAGUACACAAGCGCCUGUGGGCACACCAUCCGCGGCAGUUGUGGAAGAAAUGAAAGAGGAGAGGCGUCGACUGUGGUGGUUGCUGUACAUGGUUGAUCGGCACCUUGGACUUUGCUACAAUCGCCCGCUGGCCAUGCUUGAUAACGAGUGCGAGGAUUUGUUCCAGCCAGUUCCGGACACGCUCUGGCAAGCGGGCGAGUUCUACACGGGCCAUCCAGGACCGCGAAAACGGGGACUCAACUUCGAGUGCACAUCACACGACAUAUUCGGAUUCUUUCUGCCAUUAAUGACAAUCCUCGGAGAUAUCGUCGAUCUAAAUGCCCAGAAGAACCACCCAAGGUUCGGUCAGCGGACGUCCUGGGAACUUCACGAGGCAGAAAUCACCCGUCAAUUGGAACGGUACGCGUACAGCAUCGAAGAUUUCAAGGCACAACACGGCUGCGGCUCAAAUGAGGAAGCCCAAUCCAACAGCACACCCGACCCAGUCCGUAGCGAGUGGAUUCACCAGACCAGGAAAGUGGCAGCCUAUGCCACACACAUAAUGCAUGUGUUGCAUAUUCUGUUACACGGCAAAUGGGAUCCGGUGGCACUCCUAGAGGACGACAACAUGUGGAUAUGCUCGCAGUCCUUCCUUGCGGCAACAUCCAACGCGAUAUCAGCUGCGCAUGCAGUUGAGGUAAUACUAGACGUUGACCCGGAUCUGUCCUUUAUGCCCUACUUGUUCGGCAUGUAUCUUCUGCAAGGAAGUCUUAUCCUGCUUCUCUUAGCCGACAAGCUUUCGACCGAGACCAACGAGGGUGUCAUUCGGGCCUGCGAAACGAUUGUUCGGGCGCAUGAGGCUGCCGUAGUGACUCUCAAUACGGAAUAUCAGAGAAACUUCCGCAAAGUAAUGAUCUCGACAUUAGCGCAGAUCAAAGGCCAUGGGCACGCAAGAGAGAUGACGCCUGCGAAAAGGCGAGAAGUAUUAUCUUUAUAUCGCUGGACGAGUUUGGGGAACGGGUUGGCGAUAUAA